CGAGCCGUGUGUUUAGUCGAGCCUUACUCAUCGGAUAUGUCGGACUGAAACCCACGGCGUGUGCGUCGAAAAGUUUAGCAAGAAAGAGAUCAAGAGAGUAAGAAAGAGAGAAAAAGAAGAUCUUGCCGAUAGAGUGAUUCGAGCGGGUGUGCUAACGAGAAACUGUGGGUGGAAACGAGAUUACGGUGUGUUCCGAAUUCCGUCACCGUUGUAUCAGCUUAGUGGUGUGAUCAAACAUUCAGCUGAAAUUCAUUGAGUUCGAUAGCUUUGAGCCUUAGCGUUGCAUUAAGGGAAUGUUAGCAACUCAUACCGAAAGUUAGCGAAUAUUUCGAGUCCUGUGCAAAAGGACCACUACUUGAACGUGUGAGUGUGUGUGUUCGUUUGUUUGUCUGGUUUGGUGAAGAUUCGAAUCCGGUUCAACGAGCUGCUGAAGAAUUCGCGAUCAAUGAUCACCAGUGAGCGUUUCAGAAUAACCUAGUGAACGAAGGCAGCUUCCCAGUAGUGUGGAAGAUCUGCGCCGAACGCAAGCUGACAAGCUAGCGCUGUGCGUGUGUAGUUGUAGAGAAAGUACCCUAGAAAACCCGAAGUAAGCAACCCCUGAGUCAAGAUGCCCUGCAGUGCAGUAACGCUGUCUCUCGCGACGAUAUCCGCCAUCAUUGCCGUUGCCCUGCUGGCAAUCGCCUUCUCCACAGAUAAUUGGCUGAGCUACGAAGUGAAGCGGAAUAACAUACAGACAUUCAUAGCCAAGCAUCCCGAUGCAUCAUCACUCACAGACGCGUUCAACAACAGGCUUAUCUAUUUCACCCGGACACGGGGCCUUUUCCGGUACUGUUACCCGAAGGAAAAGCCUCCAGCAUCAGCUGUCCAAAUCUACCUCUCGCCGGUGGAAACGCACUGUUCCAACAUCGACUACUUCCCGCUGACCGACGAGGACAAAUCGUCUCCAUCCUUCAACGAAGACAUCAUGGCUCGUCUGCAUCUGGCUCGUUCCGUCAUUGCCGCUUUCGUUCUGAGUUUUGUUGCCAUCUUCUGCGCCUUCUGGACCGGUUUGUCUGGCUGUUGGAAACGUUCGGCCGGUGCGAUUACGGCGACUGCAAUCCUGAUGCUGACCGCUUGCCUACUAGCUGCCGGUGCGAUGGGACUCUGGCAUACCGUUGAAUUCUUCGAGAAGGAAAAAGUCGUCGGCGAUGAUUUCUACCAGAGCUGGACUACGGUCCUCCGAGACAACACUCGCAUCUCGUACGACUGGUCUUACAUCGUGGCUUGGGCCGGCGUAGCGUCCAGCUUGCUAGCAUCGAUCCUCCUUUCCGGAGCAGCCGUUUGCCUGCGAGGUGAGCGCGAAAAGGAAGAACAGCUCAACCUUCAGUAUCUGAUGCCAGUGUAUCCCCAAAAACAGCCCCCCUACCCCUAUGGUGGUUUCCCUCAGCCUCAGCUCUACCCGCAGCCAUACUAUCACGGAUCACAGUACGGACCGUACAACUACUAGAAGUGGUUGAGUAAAAAUUUUGCGACCUCUAACCUUCCUGACCUGUGCUUGUUCAUUCCGAACAAAGUUUUGCAUUCGAAACUCAGUGAGAUCGCGAGAAAUUGAUGAUGUGAGAUGAAGUCUUAACGCUUAUCGCAAACUUCCGAUCGGCUCCCCAUGGAGCCACAGAACCUAACACGAAUCUCCUCAAUCUCUCCAAUGCCAAGUGCUCUCGCUUUUGUUUUCGCUUAUUCCUUCCGGCGGGCAGAAGUGUCGUUAUGAGACAGCGAGAGAACGAAACUUUUACUCAACAGAUUGCAUAUGUAUAUGUACCGCCUAGACGUCUUCCCUUUUCUAACCAACUAUUACUAUCACCCACAACGAAAAAAAACGACAGUAUCUUGUUUAAGUGUCAUUCUAUUGUUCAAGACUAUGCUAUUUGAUUUUAAUUUGUAUGCUGUCUAUUUUUAAGUUUAGACAUUUAUUUUUUUUUAAAUUAAAGCAAAACAACGCAACUAGACUAUAAGGAAAGCUUUUGAUUUUUUUUUGUGAAAAAAUGAUAUAACGACGGCGAGAGAAUAAAUGCGUAAUGCUCGUUUGUAUUAUGUAUAGAAGAUAAUUUAAUGGUACGUUGUAAGAAGAAGAAUAAAAAUAUAUUUUAGUUAUAAACCGA